CUGAUGAGUGGCAUUUUCAUUUCGGAAAUCUGCCAUUUUGAGUGAGAGAGCUAGCGAGUCCCAACCGAGUCAAUAUCCGAGUGAGGCCGUCUGAGAUCGAAUCGGAAGCGCCAAAAAAUGUUUCUCCGGCGAAUGGCCCGGCCAUUGAUGAUGAUGGCCAAGGUAAAGGAAACGACGGGGAUUGUUGGCCUAGAUGUUGUCCCAAAUGCCAGGGAGGUUUUGAUUAAUUUGUAUAGUAAAACCCUAGAUGAGAUCAAAGCCGUCCCCGAAGAUGAAGGCUACCGUAAGGCUGUUGAGAGCUUCACGCGCCACCGUCUUCAGGUCUGUAAGGAGGAAGAGGACUGGGAGACUAUCGAGAAACGCCUCGGUUGUGGCCAGGUGGAAGAGCUCAUUGAAGAAGCUAGGGAUGAGCUCAAGCUUAUUGGCCAUAUGAUCGAGUGGAAACCAUGGGGUGUCCCUGAUGACUAUGAAUGCGAAAUAAUUGAAAAUGAUGCUCCAGUUCCUAAGCAUAUACCCCUGCAUCGACCUGGUCCUCUUCCUGAGGAAUUCUACAAGACUUUGCAAGCUAUUACUACUGGCACUUUAGAAGAUGCUGUUUCUCGCUCAAAGAAGGAUGAGCCAGCGAUUGCAUCAGGCGAGCAGCAAUCAAAGUAGUUCUCCCAAGACUCUUGAUCUUUUCCAAGCCAAAUCAAGAUUUGUAUAAUUGAUUGGUGGUCACGUGUUACUGUUUUGUUUUCUCUGUGUCCAACUUAAAAGAUUGUUUUUGUUUCCCUGAGCCAAAUUGUGGGGUUGAGGAUCUAAUGCUUUUAGUUAAUAAGUACAAAUCAGUGAGGACCUUCUCAAUUUGAUUCCUGUUACCUCAUACCUGCAUAUUAUGGUUAUGGACGUCUAUAUUCCUCAUGUCCCAUAGGUCAUCGAUCUUUUAUGUAGCCCUGACGUAUGCGUCGUAGCUGCUCCUUUUUUGAUUCUGGAUUUGACCGAUGAAUAAUAAGAUUUUUCUUUAACUGGCUAAACGUGAACAAGCUUUCAUCAAGGGGCAAAGGAUAUUCUAAAUUUUAUAACUUAUUUAUUGCAACUGUAGAGGGACUAAGAAAG